AAGUGUCUCACAAGGUCAAUUGGCCAAGAAAUCAAUAUAUGCUUGCAGACACCCGCCAACUAUAAAAGACACUCCACCACUGCUGCUUGGUAAGCAAUCGUUAUAAAUACAGCACCUCUUGCCUCGGACUUGACUGCCCCAUUCCCAUACAUACCAAUAUUCCUUCUACUCGCUAUCGGUUCCUUCUACUCACUAUUGCACACCAUGUCCAACGUCUUUACAUUUGUGAACCCGUCAGUGUUCAGGUCCCGCACAGAGAUAUACCAAGGGUCAUUCACUGCGAGCUCCGAGGUCGAGGCUAUGCAACCAGUCUACCGGGUCUAUCACAAAGGACGUGUGCUAGACAUUGCUUUGGCUGAUUCCAACGAAACACCAAUCAUUACCUGUCGCCUGGAAGGGUUCAGACGGCGCCGAGGAAAACUGUACGGGCCGAACACAAUUGCACCUAUAAACAUGGAAAGCUGUAUGAAAGAUAACUGGAUAAUUCACGACUUUGAGGGCAACCGGUACAAGUGGAAGGUCAAAUCAUUUCGUGGUCCAGACUGGACACUGCUUGAUGAGAACAAGAAUACUUUUGCGACCUUUGACAGAUCUGGGUGGAGAAUGCAUGUCGCCGGACGUCUGACUAUUACAAAGCCAGUAUCCAAGGACUUCCUGCUAAUCAUCCUGCUUACAAGCCGACUGGUUCAUAACACAGUACAGGAUAGCGAAGCUGCCGCCGCCGCCGCCGCUUCUGCUGCUGCCAACUAAAGUGUUUGGUGCAUAUAGUUUUUUUUGACAUGAUUCCACAGAAGUUUCGACAAGCUUAUCUGCCAAGAAAUCAAGACAUGGCACCUCACUUCCGCCAUAUAUUCUGGACAGUGAUGACACAAGGCUGCUGGCAAAAUGG